AACAUCACCUGUAUUGUGCUGCCCUUUGAUUGGCUGACUGUUCUGUGUUGGCCAGUCAGGAUGACUCUGAUGUGCUCUCAGUGGUGAGCAGCUACUGUGAUGUCAGCAGAGGGGAGCGGGGCUUUGAGGACAGCUCCCUCUGGAUUGUAAGUCCCGACUGUGACCUCUAGCUGUGUGAGGGAGACGACGAUCAGAGCUCUGACAGUCAAUGUGACGAUUCCAUAUGUAGCAGUUCUGCCAGUCCUGAGGAAGACUCCAACCUCCUUCAUCAGCCUUCAUCCUGACACAGAAUGACCCGUUUGGAUCUGCCACCACACCGGACAAGCCCCCGAGGCUGGACAGAGAUAUCCCAUGGCCAUGAUAGUUUUGGGCAGUUCAGUUUUUCUCACGGUAGCGUUAAAGACAGGAGGGAACGGGAGAGUGGAAAUUCCUCUCUGGGUAGAGCUGCAGGUAGCAGAGCAUUCAGUGAUAAAAGCCCUCCUGCUCCUUAUCGGCAUUCUGAGAGAGGGCACCCCCUACCCAGCAACAAAAGCCCAGAACCCAAAGCCAGCAUUCCGUUUCGGAACCCAGAUCUGGGUGUCCCUUCUGAAAGGAGAACCUCUGAGAUUCAUAAUCCUGAGUUACCCCCUAUGAACUAUACACCAGAGCUGCUGGAUCUCAAUGUAGAAGUGGAAGCCCUUGCUGGUCCCAGGUCCCUGAGUCCCACCCCUUUCAAACAAGCUGAAUCGCUGAUCACCUCAAGCCGAAAAGGUGGACGAAAUGUACACUCAUCUCCUACCAGCCAGCCAGGAAUGCUCAGCUCUUCUCAAAGAGGUUCCAGCCUGUCACGGUCCACUUCUCCUGGCCAUAGUACUUCACCAUUCAAAAGGGCAGAGUCCAGCUCCACUCUCAACAUGGUUGGUUUUCGGCCUAGCAGUGUGUCAUCUCCCACCCGUCAGCCAGGAAUGCUCAGCUCUUCCCAAAGAGGUCCUAGCCUGGUACAGUCCUCCUCUCCCAGCCGUAGUGCUUCACCAUUCAGACGGGCAGAGUCCAGUUCCUCCCUGAACAUGGUUGGUUUUCGGUCUAGCGGUGUCUCGCAGGGACAGGCAUCGAGCACUCCAUCAAGGAACAGUUACUCUGGAGGCAUGCAGAAAAACUUCAGAUCACUUGCAAGCACCAUGAGCACAGUCAUUAGUGUCAAUAAGUCACUGUCCCACAUGGAUCUGAGAGGCACUUUACGGAAAUCUGAGACCAACAGCUCUAUCGUUGGGUCUAUAGAGAACCGCGGUAGCUCCUCAACUUCCAGGAAUGGUUAUGAUAGCCCUGGUCAAAAUGCUGUUUGGAAAACGGAAACAAAAAGCCCUCCAUACGAGCGCAGUCAUGACAGACAGAGUUCAUCCCCCUCAAGGAGGUGCUAUGACACAAGAAGCCAGACCCCAAUGGGUAGUAUUGAGACUAGUAGAUCAGAGAGACAGAUUCAAGAGGGUCGACGCAGUGCGACUCCAGUCAGGAAAGGCUAUGGAACCCCAAGCCAAUCAGAGAAAAUAUCCAUUUCAAAGGGGUGGAGUCAUGACAAAAAAAGUCCUUCACCAUCCAGGAAAGGCUAUGAAGCUCAAAGCCAACUGGGACUAAAGAAAUCAGAAGCAAAGAGCUCCCUUCACAGCCACAACCAAGACAGCCGACACUCCUCCCCAAGAAGAGUUCUUUACCAAAACUCUGGACAAUCAUUGAUCCGUAAAACCGAAACAAGGCAAUCCUCCUCAAGCCAUGGACUCAAGAGCCACAGUCCCUCCUCUUCAAGGUGGGGAAAUGAUGCUCCUAACCAAUCUCUUCCACGCAAGUCAGAAAGUGGGCGAAACUCCUCUAUGUCUACACUGAGGCAUGACCCUGCAUGCCACACCCCUCUGAGGAACACUAUGAGUGACAGAACUGACUCCACCUCUUAUGUAAGAAACACUAUGAGCAACCAAUCACAUCAGGAUUCAAAUCCUUCAUCGGGUCACUGGAGAGGCUCCUCACACUCUCUCCUCAACCAAUCAGACUCACGUAACUCCUCCCCCUCACACCACAGCAGUGAGAAGAAACAAUUCAGCUCUUCUCAGAAAUCCACUCAUGUUGUCCGGGAAACUUCACAAAACGAAAGCAGGAGGAGUAGUGUAAGGCUGGGGCAAGAGGUUCAAAAUACUACCCCUAAAAACCACCGAUCACUGACGAGAAGCCCCUCCCCUCCAUUGCAAAGACACACCUCCUCUCAAAGCUCCAUGGAUUCUGAGUCAAGUCAUCUCUCAGCUGGGUCUUCAGGUCUGAACCGGGAGGAAUACACCAUGAUGGCAGAUCUUCCGAAGGUCAAAACAGUCUUCCAAAGGGAGGAUCAGAGUCACCUGGGAAGAAUCGAGAGCCGACAGAGACGAGAACCUCUUUACAAACCAGCCAGUCACUCUCAGACCAAAGCUCCUCACUCAGACUGGGACGAAGCAGAGGAUGAAAGAGACAGUGGUACACUCUCAAGAGCUCACUCCUCCAGCUCCCUUCAUACACAGAGAGCGAGCACUCCAACCACAGAGAAGAUGCACAUCUGCUGGAACUUAUCCAGAACAUCAGGACAGAACCAGAAAGCUCAUAGACCAUCAGUGUAUUUCUCCUGCAGUGUGGAACAGACUGAUGAAGAAUCCAUCCAACAGCCUGAUCUGCUGAACUUUAAGAAGGGAUGGAUGUCUAAACUGGAUGAGAGUGGAGAGUGGAGGAAACACUGGUUUGUGUUGACUGAUGCUGGACUGAAGUACUACAGAGAUUCAGCAGCAGAGGAGCGAGAUGAUGUGGACGGAGAGAUCGAUCUGAAGUCAUGUGUGAAAGUGUGUGAGUUUGACGUGGAGAAGAACUACGGCUUCCAGAUACAGACGAGAGAUGCCAUGUUCACUCUGUCUGCCAUGACGGCAGGAAUCAGGAGGAACUGGAUUGAAGUUUUGAGGAAAAGCGUUCGACCGAACAGCUCUCCAGACCUUACACAGUUACCAGACUGCAGCGGUGAUAAAGAAAAUAUUCACCAUCGACUACACAGACAAUCAGACGCCGCCUCCACCGCAAACAUCCCUCAGAGAAAAUUUGACUAUGUUGAGCUGUCACCUGUAGCCACGCCUUCCACUCCUGCCUCGGCCAGUCAGAGAGAGUCAGGGGAGGGGCAGGUGAAGGAACACAGCCAGUGGCAGGAGGAGAGGGUGCGUGACGACACUCACAGCCAAUGGGAGGCGGUGCUGUCACGCAAGGGGGCGGGUCAGCUGUCGGAACAGAGACGAAUAGAGGAGGAGAUUGAGAGGAAAUGGGCGGAGUUUGAGCGGCUGCCACUCAAAGGGAUGAGGUCACUUCCACCGAUGGGGGCACGGUCUGGCCCGUUAGCCAAUCAGGCUCUGGAGAGGGAGGUGGCGUCUCUGAGGCAGCAGCUGGUGGAGUUGCGGGCUGCGCAGGGGGGGAGGGAGGGGUCAUGUCGUGGGGCGGAGUCUCGCUGCAGUGAGAGUCUGCAGCAGAUGGAGCGCAUGCACAGAGAGACGCUGCAGGAGCUGCAUAAACAACAUGCUCAACAGAUCAGCGCACUGGAGAGAGAAAGAGAUGCACUGCUGCGCGAGGAGACGGAGGCCACCGCACGCGUGAUGGAGGCGUUACAGAAAGCAUACAAAGAAGAACUGGAGAAAACCACACGACUCGCAGAGAGACACGGAGUAGAUACACACACACUCGACAAACAACAACAGGCAGAGAUGUCGUCUCUGAGGAGAGAGUUGGACUGUUUGUCUGAGCGAUACUCUCAUAAGUGUCUGGAACUGAAUCGGGCUCAACAACACAACACCGACACAGAGAGACAGAUGAGAGAGAGAGACACACAGAUAGAGCAGCUCAAGAGAGAUAACCAGGAUUUACAGGCUCGUCUCUCAGAGGAGAUCAAGGUCAUUCAGUCUGUGGUCACAGGUCAGGGGUCAGAUGCAGUGAGUGAUGGCAGUGACCGGUCAUGGUGUGAGACGCAGGUGCUGUUGCGGUUGAGAGAGAAUGAACUACAGUAUUUGCAUAAAGAAAUCAACAGUCUACGAAACCAGCUGCACUUCAUCACCACGGAGAAGAGCAGUGUGUGUGAGCGUUACCGUGAGGUGAGUGAGGAGCUGAAUGUGAUGAAGAGCAGAAGUGAGAGAGAGAUCGAGACAUUGAGAGAACAUCUGAGUCUGGCACUGAAUGCACUGCAGGAGGAACAACACAUCGACAACACCCUCCAGCAUUGACACACACACACACACACACACACAGAGGUGAGAGAGACACACACACACAUGGACAACACCCUGCAGCACUGACACGCACACACACACACACAGAGGUGAGAGACACACACACACAUCGACAACACCCUCCAGCAUUGACACACACACACACACACACACACACACAGAGGUGAGAGACACACACACAUCGACAACACCCUGCAGCACUGACACACACACGCACACCGACAACUCCCUGCAGCAUUGACACACGCACACACACACAGAGGUGAGAGACACACACACCGACAACACCCUGCAGCACUGACACACACACACACCGACAACACCCUGCAGCACUGACACACACACACACAGAGGUGAGAGACACACACACACCGACAACACCCUGCAGCACUGACACACACACACACACACACACACACACACCGACAACACCCUGCAGCACUGACACACACACACACCGACAACACCCUGCAGCAUUGACACGCACACACACACACACACACACACACACACACACACACAGAGGUGAGAGACACACACGCAUCGACAACACCCUGCAGCAAUGACGCACACACACACACACACACACAGAGGUGAGAGACACACACACACAUCGACAACACCCUGCAGCAUUGACACACACACACACACACACAGAGGUGAGAGACACACACACAUCGACAACACCCUGCAGCACUGACACACACACACACCGACAACACCCUGCAGCACUGACACACGCACACACAC